AUGGAAUAAAUGGCAAAAUUUAACUUCACACAAGUGACUGAAUUUAUUCUCAAAGGGAUCACAGAUCGUCCUGAGCUCCAGGCUCCACUCUUUGUAGUUUUCUUAGUCAUCUACCUAGUCACAGUGAUAGGGAACCUUGGACUAAUUAUAUUAAUCAGGAUUGAUUCUAGACUUCAUACGCCUAUGUACUUCUUUCUUAGUCAUUUAGCAUUUGUUGACUUCUGCUAUUCCUCAGCUAUCACACCUAAGAUGGUGGUAAAUUUCAUAGUGGAAAAAAAUACCAUUUCAUUCAAUGCUUGUGCAACCCAGUUAGGAUGUUUUCUGACAUUUAUGAUCACAGAGUGUUUCCUUUUAGCAUCCAUGGCCUAUGACCGUUAUGUAGCUAUUUGUAAUCCACUGCUUUACUCAGUUGUUAUGUCUCAGAAAGUUUGCAUUCAGUUAGUGGCUGUUCCCUACAUAUACAGUUUUUUGGUUGCAUUGUUCCAUACCAUUGUGACAUUCCAAUUAACUUACUGUGGCCCCAAUGUCAUCAAUCAUUUUUAUUGUGAUGACCUUCCUCUCUUGGCUCUGGCCUGCUCAAGCACCCACACAAAAGAGAUAUUGAUAUUUGCUUUUGCUGGAUUUGACAUGAUUUGUUCUUCAUCAAUUGUCCUCAUCUCCUAUAUUUUCAUCAUUGCUGCUAUCUUGCGUAUCCGUUCCACAGAGGGCAGACUCAAAGCUUUCUCCACCUGUGGCUCCCAUAUGGUGGCUGUCACCAUUUUCUAUGGUACAUUGAUCUUUAUGUAUCUACAGCCCAAGUCGAGCCACUCUCUGGACACAGACAAAAUGGCAUCAGUCUUUUACACAGUGGUGAUUCCCAUGUUGAACCCUCUAAUCUACAGUUUAAGAAACAAAGAGGUAAAAGAGGCCCUGAAGAAAGCUCAAGCUAGAGGACGUGAAGCAUUAAAAAUGCUUCAUGCCAAAGAAUGA